AAGGUGUACCACGGACCGUUCGACCAGCAGAAAAGCAUCAGGUCGUGGAUCAUGGCUAACAUGAGGCUCCUCCUUCCUUUCUCGUGUCUCGUCCUCUCGGCGUCCGCCAUUCCAGGCUACACGGCCUACGGGGCAGCGUACCACGGUCCUCCAGCACCCCUGGCUCACGAUGGAAGGGUGGUCGACACACCGGAAGUGGCUCACGCCAAGGCGGCUCACCUAGCAGCUCACGCAGCCGAAGCUGCCAAAGCUGCUCCGCUCGGCUACGGCGAUUAUUCUGAUGGAAAAUACGAAGACUACAGCGGCAACUACGUAGCCGCGACUCAGAACAUCUACCACGGUCCGCCCGCACCCUUGGCUCACGAUGGAAGAGUAAUCGAUACACCGGAAGUGGCGCACGCCAAGGCUGCGCAUUUGGCAGCUCACGCUGAACAAAUUUCGAAGAUCGCUCACCUCGCUUACGCUGACCCUUACCCGCAGCCACAUUGGGGUUGUGUAUCAUAUAAUGGAAGGGAGGGUUCUUUUUCGCUGGAUCGACCUGCGCUGAGCUUCGACAACAUGUUCCGAUAUAUCAUUCUGGUUUCUAUUAUUUCGAGCGUGGCCUACUGUACGCCACAGUGGUACGGAGGAGCCUAUGGUGGCCACGCGGCUCCAGCCCCAUUAGGAGCAGAUGGACGAGUCGUAGAUACUCCAGAAGUUGCUCAAUUGAAAGCAGCUCAUUUAGCUGCUUUGGCUGAUGCAAAUGCGAGGGCACCCAAGGGACCUGGUGUUGCCGGUCCUUACCCCGGCCCUGCUGGUUCCUACGCACCUGGAGGCUAUGCUCCGCAUUACAGUGGACCACCAGCCCCUCUCGGACCAGACGGCCGCGUGGUAGACACACCGGAAGUGCAGCAAGCAAAGGCAGUCCAUUUCUCCUUAUACAAUGCGGAGGCUCAAAAAGCUCCAGCCGGUCCAGCUGCUCCUAAUCCGUCAUGGAAUCCUGCGGGUGCUCCCUGGAAUCCCUCCUGGAAUGCUGGGAACAAUUGGAAUCACUAUUAAACUGGCGUUGAUCGCCGCAGAAGAAGAAUCAAGCUGACAGAAAAUAUUCACAUUCGUCCAUUGUUAUCGAUGAUUCGAGAGAAUUGAAAAAAAUCCCCUCGAGUCAUCGAAUUUCAACUACCUCCAACAAGUUUUUUCCUCGACAAUCAACGAAAUAUUUCUCUCGGAAUUUUUCUGUAACGUCUUCCGUAUCCUGAAGCUUUCUUCCUUCUAGCUGUCUCCCUUUUCUGUGAUUCUGUGUUUCAUCUACCUCUUGAUUGUCUGUUUUUCGCUCGGAUCUCAACGAAUUUGAAUAUCGUUAAAAAUUAGAAAUUAUCGACUCAUCAGAUCAUAUUACAGAGACGAUAAGUUUGCUUAAUAGAAUUUCAUACAAGUUUCGUACAUUUUUAAUACAAUUAAAUGCAAGUUAAAAAUUGUUGUUGAACUUUGAAAAAUGAUGUAUGCAAAUGUGCACGGAAAGCGAAAUCGACACGUGUGUUUAUCGUCGAAUGGAAAUGAAAUAACGGUGGUCUGUACCGUUACAGAUAUUAUCGAGAUAAAAAUGUCCUCUUGUCACAUUCCUCUUCAAGGUGAUCUCUUCAUCGCUUUCGCACUCGUUAGUCAAGGAAAGUUUGCGUUUGCGGGAGAAUUAACCUUUGCACAUGAACUUUGCACAAUUCAUAGAUAUUAUUCAAUGCUAUCGUGUUUUCCUUCCCUUUUUUUAAAUAAUUACAGCGAUACAUAUACAUUUGUAAAUUAUCGUGCGUGUACAUAACGGAGAAACGAUUGUAACAUGAAUGAAACGAAUAAAAUGCAGCGAAAUGUUUUGCUGAGACAAGCAAGAUUAAAAAAUCGCUCUUCUUAAUUGCAAGAAA